AUGCACCAGCAAGUUAUCACUGUUUUCGGGGCUACUGGCCUCCAGGGGGGAAGUGUUGUCAAAACUUUCCUUGAGGACCGCAAGCUGAAAGGGUGGCUCAUUCGUGGUGUCACUCGCAAUGCGUUUUCCGAAAAGGCCAGGGACCUCGCGGCCAAAGGCGUCGAGGUCGUUGAGGCCGAUCUGAACGACCGGGUUUCUGUUCUCAAAGCCGUACAAGGGUCGACGGCCGUUUAUGGGGUCACAAAUUAUUGGGAGAGCCUGGACAAGGAUCUCGAGGUUCAGCAAGGCAAGAAUAUUGCUGAUGCAGCAAAGGAAGCUAAAGUUCAGCACUACAUAUGGAGCUCAUUGCCCAACAUCACCAAGCUAUCGGGUGGUGUCCUGUCUUGUGUUUAUCAUUUCGACAGCAAAGCAGAGGUUGAGAGCUACGUCCGGUCACUCGACAUUCCCGCAUCAUUCUUCAUGCCUGGACUUUACGCAUCAAAUCUGACGACCAAUUUGAUGAAAAAGACACCUCUUGAAGACGGCUGGAGAUUCUUCCUUCCCGCGCCUUCCACUGCCGAAAUCCCCUUCUUCGACGUCAACGAUACAGGCAAAUUCGUUAAAGGUAUUGUCUUGAACCGAGAGCAGGUUCUUGGCAAGCAAAUCCUUGGUGCCUCAAAUUAUAUGACGCCGGCUGAGGCCAUCGAAACAUUCAAAAGCCUGUUCCCCAAAGCAGGCAAGAAUAUCGCAUUUUUUGAGAUGACCCAUGAUGCCUAUAGGGGAGUUUUAACAAGUCAAGGCCUCCCAGCCUUUGCAGCAGAGGAGUUGUUGCAGAAUCUGCGACUCCUGGCUGAGUUUGGCUAUUACGGCAGGGCAAGCUUAGACGAGUCGCACGCUAUCCUGGAUGAUGAGCUGAUGACCUGGAGACAAUUCGCGAGGUGUGCAAAAGAGUUUGAGGGUCUGGAGUAA